AUGAUCAACUCAACAACACAUUUUGUCUACAAGUCAAAACGACUCCUUGCAAUCCCAAUAAGUGACGCCCCGUUACCAGACAAAGUAAUUUUCGUCGACUUAACGAACAACUUGUUGACAUGUGUGAAGGAUAUCAUCGCAUUCCCACAAACCACGACACUGCGGAUUAAUAAGAACAAAUUAGAGUGCUUGUCCCCCGAAAUCCGGUCUCUUUCGAAUUUGAAGAUUUUGGACUUCUCCUCAAAUUACAUCGAAACGAUUCCCGUCGAGUUGAGUCUCCUCACGAACUUACAAGAACUCUCAUUCGACCAAAACAAAGUGACAACAUUUCCUAUUGAGCUAUCGACACUUGAAAAUUUACAGAGACUCUACGUUUCAGCUAACUACCUCGACGCGCUCCCCCACACCUUGACGACAUAUACUAACUUGAGAGUACUUGAGCUUGGGAAUAACUCAUUUACUAAGGUCCCGCGGUGCAUCUCGUCGUUUCAAAGUUUGACGACGUUACAUAUGGACUAUAAUCGGAUAUCCCAUGUGACCAAAAGCCUUUCGAGUUUGACGAAUUUGUUAUGUCUGACAUUCAACAACAACAAGUUAGAGUCAUUUCCGUCGUCUGUGUGCCGCAUUCCGUCGUUGACGUCGUUAGAAAUGAACUCGAACAACAUUGUGAGUAUCUCGCCGUCGAUCAGUCUUUUGACGAACUUGAAGAGCUUCUUUGUCGACUCGAACAAACUGACGAGUGUUGCGAGUGAAAUUACUCAACUGACGAAACUCAACACGUUUUCUAUGGCGAACCACUUCUGUCGGGAAUUACCGAAUUUGUCGAGUCUGAGUAAAAUGACGUAUUUCAAUUUUGGGAAUGGGCGAUUGAGUAAAGUUGAGGGGGUCUGUGGGUCGAAUUGUUUACUUCGGUUGUAUCAGAACCUCAUAGAAAAGAUCACCUUUGCGGACAACGGGACAUUUGAGUUGAUCGACUUGUCUAGCAAUCGCCUGAACGAGUGCCCGAGCUUCUCGCAACUCCCAAAGUUGUUCAAGUUGGACUUGUCGAAGAACCGAAUCUCAAAUUUCACGAUCUCGUCGAUCCACAACAUGUUAGUGUCCCUCGACAUCUCAUACAAUUUACUCACGGACUUACCAUCUCCCCUCUUUUUAUGUUCAAAUAUUGUCAGCUUGAAUAUCUCGUGUUGUCGCGUGAAGAAGAUCCCUAACGAUAUCUCGAAGUUGGUUCGUUUAGAACAAUUUCUUGCCAUAGACAACAAGUUAGAAGUGGUGAAUGAUAGUGUGACUUCUCUCACCCAAUUGACGAUGUUCUGCUUACAGUCAAAUCGCCUUGAAACGUUCCCGGUGCCCAUUCUGUUCAUCCAGAAUUUGAAGUAUUUGUCCCUUGCAAAUAACAUGAUCACUAACGUCCCAAUGAACGUGACGGGACUGGACAAAUUGGAGACCGUCGACAUCUCCUGUAAUAAUUUGACUGAAGUGGGGCCGUUCGUGCAGUUACCGAAUCUUCAAGACUUGAACCUUUCGUACAAUUCUAUAACAACUGUUCCGAGUAAGAUCACUGAAUUGAAGAGUUUGCACUCGUUGAAUUUGAUUGGAAAUCAACUUGAGAAGAUUUCACAGAAUUUGUCGAAUCAAAAGACGAUAGCGCGGUUACAAUAUGGGAAGCAAAGUCGGAAGGGGAAAGUGAUGAAAGAGAAGACGCAGCGGUCGACGUCGCCGUAUGUGAUUGCGCCGUCAAUAGAUUUAGAGAAAGUCUCUCUUCUGACGAUUCCUGAGAAGUGCCAGUACUUUCAAUCAGUCGAAGUGUUGAGUACUCCGACUUUAGUAUUAUCUGAGAUGCAAGGGCGUCGUGUAGAUAUGCAAGACAGCGUCUGUUUAGUGCAAAAUUUCUGUGGGAAGGGGUAUCACUUGUUAUCAUUAUUUGAUGGGCAUGGGGGUGCAGAGACUGCGAGGUUAUGUACUGCGAUGUUUCCUUCGAUCUUAGCGCGGAAGUUGAAUGAAGUAGAUUUACCAUUGACGAAGAUCAUGGAAGAUACAUUUUAUAUAGUAAAUGAAGAAGUAAAGAAACGGGGGUAUAUGGAUGGGUCAGCUGCUUUAGUAGUCUUAGUAACUCCAUUUAAAUAUUGUGUGGCUAAUGCAGGAGAUUCCCGUGCACUUCUUAUUAGAUUUAGUUCAAUGGAAGUCCUCUCCCAUGACCACAAACCAACACAUCCAGAAGAGUACAAAAGACUGCGGAAAGAACGGGGAUUCGUCGACCCAAAUGGAAGAACAAAUGGAAUGGCUGCGGUGUCAAGAGCAAUAGGAGAUAUCGAUUGUCAACCAGCACUAACGUGUUUCCCGGAAACAUUACUCUUCGAUCGGAAAGAUAAAGACUUGGCUAUCAUCUUGGCGUGCGACGGAGUGUGGGACGUCAUGUCAAAUGAAGAGGUGUGCGAUGUCGUAAGAGCAGGAAGUCUUGAAAAAGACCCCCCAGAAAGAACUGCUUGUUAUAUAAGAGACAUCGCAUAUGCUAGAAACUCAGGGGAUAAUAUCUCGUGUGUCGUGUGUAAGUUGGAAUAA